ACGGUAAACGAAACCGUCCCCAUUUUCUUUCCGAGCACUCCAAAGCCUCGAAAUUCCUCUCCGUCUUCUUCGCCGAUGCGGCGAUGAACGGGGCAGUGACCUCCCCGCCGGAGCUCUUCUACACCCAUUGCGGCCAUCGUGAAUUUGGUGCCAACCCCUCCCUCUGCCUUUCCUCCUCCCUCUUUCGCCGUGGCCGCCGCCCAGACACUCGCCGCCGUCCCCCAGACCGUGACUUCGAGCUCUCUAUUUCCAUCGCUGAAUUCUCAUCACGCGCCUUCUCCUCCCUGAAUCGCAUACUACGCACCUCCGAGUUCCGCUUGCGCCGCGUCCUCUCGUCCGGCGCUGAUGCUUAUAACGACCUCCGCACCUCCGUCCGCGUUGAUCGAGGGAACCGCAUCGUUUUCUCGUGCCGUAGAUCAUCGCUCGACUUUGUCGCUAGCCUGCUUCUAUGGAGUUUCGUAACGGUCCUGGCGGCUAGGGUUUUGGUGUGGCUGUGGCGGCAAUUACGGUUUCGAGGGUUUGGGAAUUGGUUGGUAGUGAGGAGGGAUCGGAGUCUUGGUGGCAGAGAGGUUGUGGUUGGGAGGAGGAGGGUCAGCGUUCCAGUGAAUCCUCUAUCGCCGUCAGCUACAAGAGCUGAAUUGAAAAUCAAAGAAAGAUAUCAAAAGAAUCGUUUGGCGAAGCGGGACAAGCUGCCGCAUUGGUGGCCGGAGCCAAUCACUUCGCAGGUUGCUUCUGAUAGGAAGGAGGAGCUCCAGAGAGAAGCUAAUAGAUUGGUUCGAGCAAUUAUGGAUAGCAGGAUGAACGGAAUGGAUUAUAAAGAGGAUGAUAUAAUUCAACUUCGCCAGAUUUGCAGGAUUUCUGGUGCGAAUGUCUUUUUUGAAACUACCAAUGUGCGUGAUUCAUUCUAUCGAGCUGCUGUGGUUCUUGUUAUCAAUAAUUGCAUCAGAAUAAGACAGCCCGAUGCCACUCCUCAAAUUGAUGGUGAGGAUGCCAGGCGAUUUAUUUCUGGGCUUGGUGGUAACAUUGGGCUUGAUAAUGUUCAUGCUGCUAGACUUGUUCGUGCAGCUGUUGCGGCUCACACACGUUCAUGGAUUUUGCAAUGUUGGGCAUUUGAAGUUCAAGGAAAACGAUCUGAAGCAAAGGAGGAAAUAUCAAAGAUAUGUCAAAUCCAUCGAAUUUUCCCUUUUGAAGAAAAUUCUCCUGAAAUGGAGAUGGUGGCAAGUGGCCUCAAGAAAAAUUUAAGAAUAGAUCAAAGGAAACAUUUGCUAAAUCUGUUUGUUGAAGUUUGUGGUGCUGAAGGUCAGAAAAUUGCAGCAGAAGCUCUUGAUAUGAUGCAUCUAAAUGGAUCUGAAGGGGAUGUUGUGAGGUAUCACCCUGAGUUGUGAUAUUAAUACUGCAAUUGGCUUUUCAUCUGCCUUAUUUGUUGUCUAAUUACGUGUGAAAAACUAAUUUGUUUGGAUUACUUGCUGGAUGUUAAACCAAACGUUGGAUGGCAUUAGUUAUUUAUUUAUUUAUUUUAAAUCUA